UGCUAACAACAUCAAGGAUCCUGCUCUCACUUCUUCCAUUGAUUUAUUUCUGCCUCCAGGAGGGGUUUUUACAGCCAUGGCGCUACCGGCUCCGCUCAGGUCCAUCCAGCACCACCUGCGGACCGCCAAUGAACACGAGAAGAGGGAUCCUGUCGUGGCUUAUUACUGUCGUCUCUACGCCAUGCAGACGGGAAUGAAGCUGGACAGUAAAACACCGGAGUGCAGAAAGUUCCUGGUCAAACUCAUGGACCAGCUGGAGACGAUGAAGAAGGAGUUGAGUGACAGUGACUCCAUCACUCAGGAGGUUGUUGGAAACGCUCACAUUGAAAACUACGCCUUAAAAAUGUUCCUCUACGCUGAUAACGAGGACAGAGGAGGACGAUUCCACAAGAACAUGAUCAAGUCCUUCUACACAGCCAGCCUGCUGCUGGAUGUCUUGUCUGUGUUUGGGGAGUUGUCAGAGGAGAACAUCCAGCACAGGAAGUACGCCCGCUGGAAGGCCACCUACAUUCACAACUGCCUGAAGAGCGGAGAGACCCCUCAGUCCGGUCCCAUCGGCAUGGAUGAGGAUGAGGAAAACGAAGGCGAGUAUGGAGCUGAAGGUUUCUCAGGCCAGGGUUCUUCCCACGGAGGUUCCUUCAGGGGAGGUCCUCCUUCUCAGUUCGAGGAUCACGACCCCGGAUUGGGUCCAGGUCCACCCCCAGGGAUCGGCUUUACCCCAAGUCCAGAAUGUGGACCAUCUGGACCCCCCACCACCAACUACAACAACAUCCACAUCCCACCGGGGGCCCACGCACCGGCCAACACUCCAGCCGAGCUGCCACCACCCUCAGCAGAAGCAGCUAAACCAGUGCCUUUGCCCCGAUCAGUGCCCACUGUUGACCCCACACUGCUCAACGCCCAGCAGCAGGAUAUUGGGAUUGGAAAGUAA